ACAACGUCGAAGCCGUAGUGGCCGGCCGCCCAGCAGGUGCUUCAAUCCACUUCAUAUAGACAUAUCGCCUCAGCUCAGUCCUCAAUGCAGAAACACCACACGAUCUGGAAAAAAAAUCGACAGAACAUGUCGUCGGAGAAACAGGAGACGGCGGCGGUGCGCGUGCUGGGCAGGUGGCCGAGCCCGUUCGUGAUCCGGGUGCUGAUAGUUCUUGGGCUCAAGGGCGUGGACCACGAGCUCGUGGAGGAGGCCGUGGGCAACAAGAGCGAGCUGCUGCUCGCCUCCAACCCCGUGCACAAGAUGAUCCCCGUGCUCCUGCACCACGGCAGGCCCAUCUCCGAGUCCCUCAUCAUCGUCCAGUACGUCGACGAGGCCUGGGCCUCCCACGCCCCGGCGCUCCUCCCGUCCGACCCCUACGCCCGGGCGGCCGAGCGGUUCUGGGCCCACUACGUCGACGACAAGUUUCCUACUGCGAUCCGGGUCCUGAGGGGAAGGCUGGACGGAGACAAGGACGAAGCGGCGGCUCAGGUGUGCGCUGCUCUGCAGCGCCUGGAGGUGGCCUUCGUCGAGUGCGGCCAAGGGAAGGAUUACUUCGGCGGCGACAACGUCGGUUACCUGGACAUUGCUCUGGGGUCGCACCUCGGAUGGGUCAGGGCGGUAGAGAGGAUCGCUGAAAUCAGGCUGCUCGACGCGGCCAAGGUUCCUAAGCUGGCGGCGUGGGCGGAUCGGUUCUGCGCCCACCCAGCGGUGGCGGACGCCAUGCCUGACGUGGACAGGUUCGUGGAGUUCAGCCUCAAGAAUGACGGCGCUCUGAAGGCGGCUAGUGCUAAUUCCAAGUGAACGAACUGUUGUGGACACUAGACAGUGCUCGAUGGCAUCACAUAGCGGUUAGUGCUAAUUCUAAGUGAUGCAAAUGGAAUAACAUAAUAUAUGUUACCAUUACAUAGUAGUUCUUAAUGUAUAAUGAGUCUACAAAGUAAUAAAUGAAGCCCUCUAUGUUAUCACAUCUA